AUGGGCCCAAGGACCCAGGUCAGGAAACCCAGGCCUCACCGGACCCCUCGCCCCCGGGCCUCACCGGACCCCUCGCCCCCGGCCUCACCGGACCCCUCGCCCCGGGCCUCACCGGACCCCUCGCCCCCGGCCUCACCGGACCCCUCGCCCCGGGCCUCACCGGACCCCUCGCCCCGGGCCUCACCGGACCCCUCGCCCCCGGCCUCACCGGACCCCUCGCCCCCGGCCUCACCGGACCCCUCGCCCCCGGGCCUCACCGGACCCCUCGCCCCGGGCCUCACCGGACCCCUCACCCCCGGUGCUCACCGGACCCCUCGCCCCGGGCCUCACCGGACCCCUCGCCCCGGGCCUCACCGGACCCCUCGCCCCCGGCCUCACCGGACCCCUCGCCCCCGGCCUCACCGGACCCCUCGCCCCGGGCCUCACCGGACCCCUCGCCCCCGGCCUCACCGGACCCCUCGCCCCCGGUUGGGCGGCUGGGCAGGGCUCCCAGAGGCCUGCUGUGGCGUGCAGGAGCCGGGCUCCCCGCAGGUGGACGUCAAGAGCCUUGGGUGCUGCGACCGGGACCUGGCCAGGGAGGAGGCGGAUCAGGAGCUGCGCUGGGUGCAGCUGGGCUCCGAUGCCCCUCUGGGAGCAGCUACGCCGGUGCAGGUUGCCCCCCAGAGCCGGGGCUGCCUGCUUCAGGCCGUGUGGACCGGCCCGGUGGGCCUUGUGGUGCAGCUGCUGCGGCAAGGAGCUAGCGUGGAGGAGAGGGACCCCGCUGGCCGGACCCCGCUCCAUCUGGCAGUACUGCGCGGCCACACGCCCCUGGUGCAGCUGCUGCUGCGGCGCGGGGCCUCCGCGGGGGCUGCCGACGGCGCGGGGCGCACACCGCUGCACGAGGUCGCUUGGCACGGGCACUCGCGGCUGGCGGAGCUGCUGCUGCGGCGUGGGGCUCCGGCGGCGGCGCGCUGCGGGGCGGGCCUCACGCCGCUGCACUGCGCCGCCGCCCUGGGGCGCAGGCCGCUCGCCGCGCGCCUGCUGGCCGCGCCCGGCCCCGACCCCGCGCUGGCGGAUGCGCGGGGCUGGACGGCGGCCCACUGGGCGGCCGCGGGCGGGCGGUUGGCGGUGCUCGAGCUGCUGGCGGCUGGCGGCGGCGCGGAGCUGGACAGCGCCCUUCUGGUGGCGACCGCCGCGGGGCAAGGGGCUGCGCUGCGUCUCCUGCUGGCGCGUGGGGCACGCGUGGACACUGCCGACGGCGCCGGAACCACGGCCCUGGGCCUGGCAGCCAGCCUGGGCCACCCGCAGGACAUGGAGGUGUUGCUGGGCCACGGGGCCGACCCAAGCAUCCGGGACAGGCACGGCCGCUCCGUGCUCCACAGGGCAGCUGCCCGGGGAUACCUGGCCGCUGUCCAGCUCUUGGUAGCCUGGGGAGCCCCUGUGGAUGCCCGGGACUCACUGGGCCUCACCCCCUUGCACCACGCAGCCCGGGGAGGCCACGUGAAGGUGGCCAGGCACCUCCUCGACAAGGGCGCAGAGGUCGACGCUGCUGGCUGGCUCCAUCACACACCCCUGCACCUGGCCACAGAGCGUGACCACCGUGCCACCGUGGAGCUGCUGCUGAGCCACGGGGCCAGCCGCACCCUGAGGACACAAUGGGGGCAGGAGGCCCAGACUCUGCUGUAGGCCUGUGGAACAGCAGGUGCCAGGCCCUUCAGCAUAU